AGUCAGCCAGGUGCGUUAGUCAGCCACGCCCACUCCAUCAGUGGGCGUGGUUUAAAGUCAGCCGUGGUCGCCUAUAAAGCGUUUCCGGUCCCUGCGUGGCUUGAACGCUGCCACCUGAGUGUCGUGAACCCGCUCCAGCCAUGAGUUCAUCAAAGCCGUACAUUGGCUGUAAAAUAGGGUUGAUUUCAAAAGCUCAAAAUCGUUAUGAGGGGAUUUUGUACACAAUUGAUAAGGUGAACUCCACAGUAGUGUUGGCAAAAGUCAAGUGUUUUGGAACGGAGGGACGGCCCACCGACAGACCAACGCCACCUAAAGAUGACGUCUAUGAGUACAUCACUUUCCGGGGAAGUGAUAUUAAGGACAUCACAUUGUGUGAACCUCCAAGAUCUCACCACGGCCUACCACCGGAUCCAGCAAUAGUACAGUCAGCCAGUGUAGGCUCCCCAGGUGUGUACUCAGCUCUUGGACCAUUUAGCCCCCUUAGGAUGCCCGCCUACAACCAUCUUGCUGCCAGCUCUCUGCUUAACCAACAGUAUGCUGCAGCUCUUGGCCUUGGGUCUGUACUUCCUGGUUUACACGUCAGAAGGGGCCCAAUGGUGGAGAAGGCGGUUCAGACCCUCCAUGUGGACGGAUCCAGGCAGAUGGGAGGCUUGACUGCAUCCCAGGAGCGGCUGCUGCAGUGGGAGAGAAGGAGGCCCCAGAGGCCCAGAGGAGAGAGUACCCUGACCAGAAGGGGCACCGCAGACAGCAUGAAGUCCGGCCCAGGUGUACCCAAUGCUCAGCAGGAAACUCGGCAGCAGAUUUAUGAAAACAGGCCACCACCUCGAAGAAGAGGAGCUCGGAGGCGCAGAAACCGUAGUAGAGGCCAGCUGAUGGUGCCUCACGUUCCAUCUGCCAUCCUGAAGUUUGACACGGACUUUGAUUUUGAUUCCUCAAAUGCACAGUUUAUUAAGGAGGAGCUGGAGAGGGAGGUGUCAGACCGGAUGAAAGAUGGAAAAAUCGAGGUAGGCGAAAAGGAAAAGGAGGACUUGCUCUCGACUGCAACGGACGAUGAUCCCUUUGGCCCCAAAUGCUACUACGACAAAGCAAAGUCUUUCUUCGACAACAUCUCGUCUGAUAAUAAGUUCAGGCUAACAUGGGCCGAGGAGCGGAAGCGCAAUCUGGAGACUUUCGGGGUCCCUGGACGGUUCCUGAGGGGCCAAGGCUUCAGGGGCGGCUAUACAGGACUCAGAGGGCGGGGCACGAGUCCGAUUGAAUCUCCUUACAGAACCAGGAGCACAGCUGUAGAGGCACUACCCCAACGCCUACCCCAACGCCUACCCCAACGCCUACCCCAACGCCUACCCCAACGCCUACCCCAACGCCUACCUUAUGUGUAACCAAUGGGACUGCUGCCCAUUAUGAUGAUCAGCAAAAAAGUACCUAGCAUAUGAGGUGUGUUUUUUUGGUUCUCCCUGAGGCGGUUAUCCUGCCCCCAAUAUUGCCAGGAUUGUGUUUAUUUUACAUUUUAUCAUUUUGGCCCCAUUUUACAUAUGGAUGCGUGCCUCACUAAUUGGUUUCCCCUCACAAUGUUGGCCUGAAGAGAUUUUGUUUUUUUUGUUUUUUUACCAUUCAAUUAAAUGGGGAGAUGUUACGUUUUUUUUGUUUUCCUGCUACUUGGUAGAAUUUCCCUCCCCAAACGUGUUUUGGUUUCUUGUUUAAAAAAGUAAAAGUAUCUGGCUUUGCC